AUGAAGGAAUUCGAAGAAAAGACAGGCAAAUUUUCCAUUAAUGGAAUAUCUGUAAUGACUUGGCAUGACUGUCAGCUGGAAUGGAAUCCUAAUGACUUUGGUGGCAUUGAUCGUAUAUUUGUUUCACAGAAAACCAUAUGGAAACCAGAUCUCUUACUAUUGAAUCCAUUUGAUAAUGUUGAACCUCCCGGCUUUGACAGUCUUAAGAUCGCUGUGGAUAAUGACGGAUCCACAUUCUGGGGCCCUCCAAAUGUAUAUCAAAUCACGUGUCCAGCUGAUAUUACAUACUAUCCGUUUGAUCAGCAAACAUGCUCAUUCUUCUUCAGCAUGUACAUGUAUACGUUAUUCGAUGUGUUUAUUGAAACGAGCUCAUCUGCAAUUGAUUUGGAUUUCUAUUAUCCAAACAGUCUUUGGGAGAUGAUAUCUGCAAGAAGUAGAGUCUUCACACUAGCAGAUACCCAAACACUGGAACUGACGGUGGUACUUAAACGACGACCAAUGUUUCAAGUUAUUAACACCAUCGUACCUUUCUGUAUUUUGGGACUGUUGAACAUCAUGGUGUUUCUUCUUCCGGCCGAGUCCGGUGAACGUGUUGGAUUUUCCGUGACAGUUUUGCUAGCUAUUGCUGUGUUUAUGACUAUCGUGUCGGACACUCUGCCUGGAACCAGUGAGCCUUCUUUCCCUCGAUUAUGUUAUCUCUUGAUGGCAGAACUCUGUACCAAUAUGCUUGUGACAAUUUGUACUAUAUUAGUAUUAAGACUGUAUCAUAAACCCCCGCAAGAGAAGAUUCCGUCUUGGUUGAAAUAUAUCAUAUGUAAAAGAGUUUGUGUCAAAGCUAAAACAAAAAACGAACGCAAAAAGAAAAGUAACACCAACACAAUUCUAAGUAAACAAAACCGUAUUUGUUCGGAAACAACGGUGUCUACAAUUCUUGAAUCAGAUAGAAUCGAGACAGGAAGCAUGACGGAUUCCGAAUGCAACUGCAAUGAAAAUGGACAGAUGGAAACAUCCUGGCAGGAUGUGGCGAAAUUUCUCGACGUCUUUUUCUUUGUUUUAUUCAUAGCCGUUUUUGGAACAAGCAAGUUAGCCGCUUAUCUUAUAUUUAUGUAA